GGAAGUGCAUAGAAGUUCGCUGAUAAAGUAAAUUUCUUCAAUAUUACUAUAGAACGCCUAAAUGAUUAAGAGUCUAAGAAUACCUCAUUUGCCAAUGGGGCCUGCACCGGCAUGCAUCCUGUUCAUCCUGGCCAUCACCAAUCCACUUCGAUUUAUUCCCUCCCAGUAAAGAGUGCAGCCCUCUGCAGCUGGCGAAUCUUGUUGGAGUGCCCAUCGAGGCAUCUUAGGUCUGGCCGAGGAGGCAAUCAAAUGAAGGAGAGAUGGAUGCUCUCCCGCUUGGCUGACUGGACCACGAAUCAUCGUCCAUUAGUCCAUUAAUGGACGUUAAUAAGGCGUUAAAUGGCCUAAUUGCCGAUUAUGGCCCUCGGACCGAUAAGCACGCUUUGCACUGAGAGAAAGGGUGCUAUCACUACUUAAGGUACCUAAAACAAAUGAUCAUAUGUUGUGGGAACUUCACACAAAAACAUAGGAAGCUUCUCGUUAAACUGACAAUCGUAGAAAUGGGAUGGAAAUGGGCCAAUUAUUUAAAAAGAAGUAAAGACGAUCAAAAUAAAAGUUUUGUUUCCAAAUCCCUCUGCAAACCAAGUCAACUGGACGCCCAAAAAUUAGCGAAAUGCCUCAACUUUUGAAUCGAUUGAAACGCAGAACUGAUGACGAUUCAUCCACCGAUUUCGGUCCUUCGCCGAAGCGUUCCAAGGACAUGCAUCUGAAUAAAGACAGUAGGAGCAGCUGCAGCAUUCCGCGUUUGGAGGACGACGAUACCAAGGGAUCUAUAGAAUCAGGGUACUUUCCGGAACUCGGACCCAAGGAAAAUCCCUACUACUUACAGAACCAGCUGCUUUUCAACUUGCAUGUCGACCGGGAAAAGCGCAGGGAAAUAAAUAAUAAUUUCUUAAAAAGUAAUUACUUAAAUUUGUAAAUACUUGUAUAUACUUUAAGUCGCAUAAGGUAGACUUGACCUUCAAUUAAUUCUUAUCCAUAUACCUUCUCGAACGCUUGUCUGUUAUUUACGGAAUAAAAAGAGGCACCUAAAA